CAUCUAAUCAUUAUGUGCGUGUGUGUGUGUGUGUGUGUGUGUGUCUACAUAUUUAUGGUGAAUCUUUAUAAUCCCAACAUAUUUUUGAGAUAACUUCUCCUACUUCCUUCUUGGCUUGAAUGAUAACCAUCAAUAUAAAAAAAUCUCAUUUCCCUAUUCCCGUUUCCUUUUCUUUUAUAUAAAUUCCUUUAUUCCGUUAUACCUUUCUGGUAUAUAAUUCUAGUAGGUUUACUUCAUUAUGGAUCUACCUGCUUACCAGUUCAUGGAUACUGUUAAUGAUAUGGAUAUACUAUCGAUAACUCAAAAUCAAUAUUUACAGCAACAGCAACGCCAACUGCAACAACAACAUCUCCAAACCGAAUACCAAAAAUACUAUUCACCAUCAACGCAACCCUUCAGACAACAGCCUACACAUGCUAAUACGUCUGCUUCUGUAGAGACAUAUAGUGAAAUUCCUAUCACAAAUCUGAGCAUACUUGCAGAGCAUACAAAUGAUCCAUCUGCUAGUAUUCCUCCCUUUUAUACACCGUCGUAUAGCAGUUAUUACUCUUUUUCAGCUGAUCAUGGACAAGGUGCGUCCACACCACAGUUUACUAGUGCUGCAAAACAAGAUACAUACAAAGAAUCUCAACAGCAGGAGGAUUUAGCUACUCCUUUGAUAUCACCGACUACCAGUCCUUCAUUUGUCUGUCAAGUAAAACGGCAAAUUGCUAGUAAUGUUAAUAAUGAGACAGCUUUGAAAAUUGCAACGAACGAAACAGGUUUGUCUCCACUCUCUUCACCAGCUAUUCAACCAAAAGCUGUGAAUUACCCCCUUUUGAGACAGAAUAGUGAUCGUCAUCAACGAGCUGCAUUUCAACAGAAAUACAUUGAUAAUGGCAAUGGCAAUGGUAAUGGUAAUUCAGAGGUGAUGCCGAACAAUAAUACAAGCUAUGAUGCUAUAUCCAGUAGUAACAGCAGCUACAGUGCUCUUCCUACUAUCACCACUUCGGAAAUGACUGAUAUGGAGAUAGAAGAAGAAUACGAGCGUUUAGAACAAGCGAAACAAUUCAUCAAACAAAGGCUGACUGUUCUCCAGCAGAAAUCCCAACAGGGUGAUUUUCAGCGUACCAACAAUAGCAGACCUUCACAGCAGACUUUCCAAACGGCUUCAACUGAUGAUGUAUGCAUGAUGUUCACAGCAGAUUCACCAUCAUCGCAGCAAACACAGACGUUCGUUAAUAGUUAUAUGCAUGGUAUAAGUUCUUCACGCUGUGCUUUCAAUAUCAAGCCAGCGACACCUUCUUCACUUAUGAAUAUGAGAAUGCCCUCUUCAUCGUCACAUAAUAAAACAAUCUCAACUCAAAGGUCAACCAGCGCUAUUGCUACUUCUAUUCCGCCAUUGAUUACUGCUCAGCAAAGUGAUACUGUUAUGCCCGGUGAAAAUUAUUAUACGACCCAUAACAGCAGGCUCUCUUCAAUUUCUAAUAAGACGGCUGCUACUACCACAAUGACUUCUCCUCCAAUCUCGAGUAAUAUAACCCCUACUACGACACCAAUUAUCAGUGCUGUACGUGCAAGCGGUAGCAAUUAUUACUCACAAGAAGCCUCAUCAAAUAGAAUAACCGACAAGAGUGCCGCUAAUACCAUCAUCACUGCUACACCUACUACGGAUAAGAAUCCUUCAUCCAAUAGUCCUACUUUUACAAAAAAGAAAAGACAAAGGCGAAUAACAGUAACAGAUGAGAAGAAGCAAAAAAGAAAAGGGUCACAUAAUCAUUCACACCACCGUCGUAAACUUCCUCAGCCAUCUCCUCGAGCAUUGAAGCCUUUGUUAGUAAGAAGCCCAAUAGUUACUGCUGUUGUCGGUACUAACAGCAGGAGCAGUGGCAAUCAUUAUAAUGGCAAGGGUAACACUACUACAGCUCCUCCUCAUGACAAUAGUCAUACAAACAGACAUCGUUCGAAUAGUCAAUAUCAUUUCAUAAAACCUGCAAGCAAUUAUUAUCUUCCUACAAGCAUUGAAGAUGCUGAACGUAUCUUAGCUACCAAAUCAAACUACCAGAAUCUGAUAGAAGGAAAAGCAGCAGCCCUCGGUAUUGCUUUCACGACGGAAAUUAAGAGUGGUGUCGAAGUACGAAGAAGUGCUCAUAAGGUGGCUGAGCAGAAACGUCGUGAUUCUUUGAAGGAAUGGUUUGAUAGAUUGCGACGCGAAGUAGAAGAUGGUUACGUGAAACCGCGAAAAUCCUUAUUGUCGCAAGUGAUAAAAGCACAGCAGGCUUCUAUGAAUGAUGAAAAUAGCGAUAACAAAGAUGCCACUGAGAGCACUAGUAGCGGUGGCAGCAAAAACAAUGAUAAUAAUUUCGUCUGCAUGAUGCAGACGAACAUAAUGCCAAUGCUAUGAAACCGCUCUCAAAGGUAUUACUACUACAAUAUGCAUUUGAAUACAUUACACAUAUGAAGAGUAAGCUAGAAGAGAAAGAACUAAUCAUACAGAAACUGAAAGAAGACUUGUACACUAAUGGCACUGCAAAAGAAAAGGAAUAUGAGAGAGGCAACGUCGAAAAGUUGAUGAAGACAUAGUAGUCUUCAUUUCAUAUAAAAAGACGCCUUACACGUAGCGUUAUUGCGCGCUUCUGCUUACAGAGAAUUGACCGUUUAUUUGAUUAUGAUAUCCUAUGCAAUUUUUACACCAAACUUUCAUUAACAAGGCUGCUUUUUUAUUCAUUGCAAAACAAAUUAUGCCUCACAGUUCAUCCUUUUUCGUAAACAUUAUUUUGCAGUUAACUUCUACUUACUAUGAAACUAUGAUAACAUGAUCCUAAUAAAAAGAACACAUUAGAAUAGUUUAUGAAA